CAGAGGCGCGAUGGCCGACCGAGGCGGCUCUGCCGAGGUGCCCGGCCCGCGGGACUCGCCCCGUCAGGACCACCGGGCCCCGCGCGCCGCCGGGUCGGGCGGCGGCGGAGUCGGCGAGACCCCGCGGACCGCGGCGCUGGCGCUGCGCUUCGACAAGCCCAUCAAGCAGGCCUUCUACAACACCGGGGCCGUGUUGUUCGUCUGCCUGUGCUGCGGCGCCGCCGUGCUGGUCUACUUCAUCCUGGAGGCCUUCCUGCGGCCGCUGCUGUGGGCCGUGCUGUGCGGCACCUUCCUGCACCCCUUCAAGAGCUCGCUGACGCGCCUGGGCCGCCACUGGCUGCAGCGGCUGCACCGCGCGCACACGCCCAUCGUGCUGGCCGCGCUGCUGCUGCCGCUCUGCUUCGCCGACUACGGCGUGGAGGCCCUGGGCGAGCAGGCGCUGCGCCGCCGCCGCCUGCUGCUGCUGCUGGGCGCGGGCGGCCCGCUGCUCUACGGCCUCUACUGCCUCGGCAGCUACCUGGGUGUGCAGGUGCUGCUGGCCCACGCGGGCGAGCUCAUCUGCCGCGGGCUGGACUACUUCAGCAGCCUGUGGAUCUGGACGUUGGUAGUUGGCUAUGUGUUGACUGUUUCAUUCAAGUGGAACGCAAGCACUGAACGCUACUUGAGAGCGAUUUCAAUUCCUGUCUGGAUCAUAUUGCUUUUUCAUCUAGCAUCCCUGGCUGGCUCAUGGAGAAUUCCAGUAUUCCUGGUUAUUGUGUUUCUGAUGUCUGUGGGUACCCUCUAUGAAAAACAGAAUGGAAGAGAGUCUGCUGGGGCAGAGUUACCAGGGCAAGUAAUCUCCAUGGCAGCGUCUACUCUAGCCAACUUGGCCAUCUCCAUCACGGGCUAUGAGUCGAGCAGUGAAGACCAGCCCUCCACUCAGCCUGCAGAAACCACAGACAAAGAAGAACCCCCUGUAACGCUGCCUGCCUCUUCCUCACCUUCCUCCUCUUCCUCACCCUCCUCUCCUUCACCCACCCUGGGCAGACAAAGACCGGAGAUGGGAACAUUUCUUAGAAAGAAGAAAACCAGUGACAUCUACUUUGUGUCUCUCGUUUGGGCCAUCAUUGCUGUCCAGGUCUGGUUGAACCUGUGGAUUGUGCAGUUGUUGCCUGUGCCUAUUGCAGUGUGGAUCAUCAAAAAGCUGGUUAUUCACUUUGGUGUUGUGGACUUCCUGGAGAAGCGCUGCCACGUUUGGUGGCAGGUGGUUGAGCACUUCCUGAAGGAGCGGCAGGAGGCCUUAGCACCGUGGCCAAUCAUCGGGCUUGGGAAAUUCUUGUUAAAAGUUGACAGCAAGCUCUGGCACUGGCUAAAUAAGAAGAUGAUCAUCUGGUUGGAGAAGAUGUUAGAUAAAAUAAUUAGCAUUUUCAUCAUAUUUUUGCUAGUAAUAGGAACCCUUCUUUUAGCCCUUCUCCUGACUGCAAAGGUGCAUCAAGAGAGUGUACACAUGAUUGAAGUCACAAGUAAUUUGAUUAAUGAAACCCUAGCAAAUCACCCUGAGUGGGCAAAUUGGCUUCCUGAGGCUCAGGUGGUCCAAAGAGCCCUGAAUUCUGCAGCUAACAAUGUCUAUCAGUAUGGACGAGAAUGGAUAACACACAAGCUUCAUAAAAUUUUAGGAGAUAAGAUGAAUAAUACAGCUGUAAUUGAGAAGCAAGUACUAGAACUUUGGGACAGACUGUAUCAUUCUUGGUUUGUAAAGAAUGUAACACAUUCUGGAAGACAUAAAGGACAUAAGAUGCAUGUAAGUCGUCAGAACAGCUGGCUGGGAGACAUUCUGGACUGGCAGGAUAUUGCCUCCUUUGUUCAUGAGAACAUUGAGACAUUUCUUUCGAUCUUGGAGUCCCUGUGGAUUGUUAUGAGCCGGAACGUGAGCCUGCUGUUCACCACGGUUACCACGCUCUUGACCAUCCUCUUCUACAGUGGCACUGCCCUUCUCAACUUUGUACUCUCUCUGAUAAUUUUCCUGACCACACUAUUUUAUCUGUUAAGUUCCAGUGAUGAAUACUACAAACCAGUGAAGUGGGUGAUAAGCUUGACACCACUAUCUCAGCCAGGCCCUUCUUCUAAUAUUAUUGGCCAGUCUGUGGAAGAAGCAAUCAGAGGGGUGUUUGAUGCUUCCCUCAAAAUGGCUGGCUUUUAUGGAUUGUACACUUGGCUGACGCAUACUAUAUUUGGCAUCAAUAUCGUCUUCAUCCCAUCAGCCUUAGCAGCAAUCCUUGGAGCAGUGCCGUUCCUGGGGACGUACUGGGCAGCAGUACCUGCAGUUUUAGACCUGUGGCUGACACAAGGGUUAGGAUGCAAAGCCAUUUUGUUGUUGGUUUUUCAUCUCUUGCCAACAUACUUUGUAGACACUGCAAUUUAUUCUGAUAUUUCAGGAGGUGGCCAUCCUUAUCUGACAGGCUUGGCAGUAGCUGGCGGAGCUUACUACCUAGGUCUGGAAGGGGCAAUCAUUGGGCCCAUACUUCUCUGCAUCCUUGUGGUUGCUUCCAAUAUCUAUAGUGCCAUGCUAGUGAGUCCCACAAAUUCAGUGCCCACGCCAAACCAGACCCCGUGGCCUGCUCAGACUCAGCGGACUUUCCGUGACAUCUCUGAAGAUUUGAAAUCUUCAGUAGACUGACUUGGUUUCACUGCAGUGGUUUCUCUAGGAAGUUUCACCUUGACAGUGAGUUCAGCUGAGCUAUGGCCUUUUGUCCUUUCAGCUGUGCCUAGAAGGCAGCACCAAGACAAGAAAAGAAGCCUCCUGGCCUUCAGUACAGAACACCUGGGCAAGAGAGAACUCACUGAGGGCUGCUUUGCAUUUUCAAAUAGAUUAGAGUUCAGAAAUGUGGUGUGCUCACUUAACUGUUGCUAAGAUGGCUUGAAGUUUCCGUUUAUACACUGACACCGUGGCUUGAAUUCUUCCCACUUUGAUUAUAUCUUAUUAUAGUAAUAUGUAUUUAUAAAGUUAUUUCAAAAAGUCUAAACUACCUGCUGUUAAAAAAUAUAUACAAUGACACUUUCUCUUAUUUUAAGAAACCUAUUCAUAAACUUUUCUAUGACAGUCACUUUUCAGUGAAGAGGGUUUUCACUUUUGAGUAUGUAGUUUUUUGAGCAGGAUUACCCUUCUUGAACAACAUAUUGUUUCCUCCUUGAGAAAGAACAAAUCUUAAGUGCAAGGGUAGGGAAGUGUAUUUGGUGUUCUGCUGAAUGUUGCAACCAGAGGAGAUACAGAAAGUCUGAAGCUCUUCCUUCUCCCUCUGUCCCUCAUUACAGUGUUGCCAAAAUUUAAAACUUGGCUGCCCACAUAAAUUUAAAUACUCAAGAAGCUGCUAUGAAUGUUAAACACUAUGAUAGAAUUCAUGCUCAUUGAGUUUUUUUCUUUUAAAUGUUUAAGUGAAAACUCUCAGGUGUAGUGGUAUUGAUUUGUUAAAUGUAUUCCCCGUUUAAUUAUUUGGAACUCUGCCAGGUAGUUAUUUAGCAGUAUAAUUUUAUAUUUAUAUUUUGUCACUUAGCACAGUGCCUUGCACAUAACGACUCUAGAUGAAUGCUUGCUGAACUGAAUUGUAACUCCUUAAAUAUCUCAGAUAUUACAUUAACCAGCAUAGUGCUUUACAUUUUAUACAGUCCUUUUACACAUAUUAUUUCACGACCACUUCACAUUAGUAUUCAUGUAGUUUCUUAUUAUUUUACUACAUGGGGAAGGUAAGGUUCUGAAGAGUGACCAGUGCAGUCACAUAGUUUAGUGAGAUUUGACCUCAGCUCUUUCUGACUCCUUAGUCUGCACACUCUGCUGUUCCUUCUCUGUUUUGCAGGCUCCCCAGUCCUGUGAGCCAGAAGGGAUGUUGGCAUUUGUUAUGCCUGCAGAAUUGCCCUGCAUUUAAUCAUAGUGCUGGGCCUGGGGCCCUGCCCUUAGCUUUGACCCUUUCUACCAUUUAGAAUAAUCAUCAGGCCCAUCCUUUGUUCUCAAAGGAGUAUGGAGUGGAAGGAGUUUGUAAUGUUGAAGGAAAACAUUUAAAAGUAGAAAUUAUUUUUUUUCUUAAACAUUUCACUAUAAAGUUGACAAUUUAUUUGCUUAAAUAUAUUCUUAUGCUACUUAAACAAAAAAAAAAUCUAGAAAAGGCUAUCAUGAUGUCUUUCAACCGUUGUUCUAUAGUAGACUACCUGUGGAUCUCUUAUUUGUAUUAUGAAUCCUUUAACUUUUAUAUCCUGCUAUUCCAUUAAGUGUUUGAUUUGACCACUAAAUAGCUAACUCUCCUCUUUAGUCAGUUAUUUGGUGAUUUAUUUAUUUGUUCAUUAGCACAUUUCUCAAGAGUUUGCUUACUCUAGGCUCCAUGCCAGGGACUGUACAGGGUGCUGCUGAAGGAGAUAACUCAUAAGAAGGCGCUCUCACCUUAAAUUUUAGCCAGAUCAUGUGUAAAACUAAACUUAAAAAUUUUGUCUUAAAAGGGUCAAAAAAUUUGUUUUCCUUAACUAUAUACUGGUAAGUUUACAGCUGUAAUUAGCACAUUCAUAAGAGGGAAAUACUAUACACAAUGAAUUAGUGUGCGUAUAUAAAUUAUGUUCCUCCGAAAUGCUUUUAGUUGUGUAAAGUAAUAUUGCAAGAGGCUAAACUUGAGCUAAUAUAUGACUGUUGCUGGGAUAAUUAUUAGCAUGACUGCUGGGUUCUUAGAGAGGAACUAUAAGCUGUAAGUGAAUAGUUUCAAGCUGCCAAAAUUAGCAGCAGUGAUGUAAUACCACCCUGAAAUAUCAGGAGCAGAGGUGCCCCAGAGUGCUGCACAGUCCUGAUCAGGAAACUUGAACUGCUCUGUUGCUACAGCAACAGCCUAAGGACUGGGUCAGUCCACCAGCCGGGAAAAUCAGAACCAGAGAGAGGCACCCCAGCAUGUGCCCUUAGGCACAGGGAGGUUUCAUAGAAUUUUCACAGGAUGUAGAUAGAGAUCAGAUGGUGUGACAAGGUAGGAAUCUUAAGUUCAGGUCUCAACAAUAACUUGUCCCAAAGAAUCUCCAUCAAAAUUUAACACAGAAAGAGGAAGUUUCCCUAGGAACAAUGUGUCAACAAAGUAGAUGUAGCUUCAGUAAAUACCGAGGACAGAACACUGUCCAAGCAUCUUGUGUUGUAUGGAUUUAUUAAAGAUUACUUGAAGGUUCACCAUCAGUUGUAAACUGAAGGUAUGGGUGUUGGGAGAGAUAAAAGCUCUGCACACAGAGAUGCUCCUGUCUUUUCCAAGCCAUAAUAAGGCAUAGAAUCUUCAGCAUAAGUUCCAUGUCCUUUAAGUCCUUUUUGAAUUCCACAUUCUGUUCCUGGACAAUUUCUGUUUGACUACCUUAAAUGCUAGUCUGGAUAUUGUUAAAAUUACAAGAUAUUCUAACCCCCUCUUCAUGAGAGGCAAUUAACUAGCAGUUUUUCCUUGGUCUGGAAGACUAGCGUGGAUUGACUCUUAACUGUGGAAAGAUAGGCAAAACAUGUUACAUGGAGACCCUGUAUUUAAAUGAACUCUAUAGCCUUUGGAAUUGGCAGCUGCUUAUUCCAGUUAAAGGGCUGCCUCAGGGUUUGCAGGUGAGGUCUUCUGACUAACCUUGGUCUUAACAUGAACCCUUUAUGACCUAUCAGGACUUCCUAGUACCUCUAGUUCCCACCUUGCUUACAUUAGUGCUUCAGGAAUGUGUCCCUGCUGGGCUAGAAUACUCAGAAAUGCAGGCCAUGAGGGGUAGAUUAGAGCAAAUUGAUUCAGGUGAGCUAUCCAGAACUUUCAUCCUGAGGAUUUAUGUUUAAAACCCCUCAAGACAUUCAGUCUUGACCUUAUAAGCCCCCUCUGAAGCUCUCCCAGCACCCUUACAAGAAUUCUCCAGUAGGACUGAGAGAGCCCUUUUCACAGUGGAAAUACCUUCUGGCAACAUGCUCCCAAAUGCUACUUCCAGCUAAGAAUGUGUACUUUUUAUUUUUAUCAAUUUCUUGUCUUUAUACAUUUUACCAUCAAAAUACAUUAAUUUUAUUAACAUUGAUUAUUGAGACCCUAAAGAAAAUAAACAUAUCUGAAGCCACUAAGAAGAUUUUUUUUUUUGAUAAACACAAAAAUUAUAAAUCAAGAUGUCCUGUCUACUAGAGUGAUAGAAAUACUGUGCUAGAAUGGGUUGCAUAUAAUCAGGCAAUCAUGUCAUUUUCUAGGGAAGGAAACAAAUGCCUAGGUGAAAGUAGUUUGUCUGACAUGUGCAUACACACAGUCAGUCAUGGAAUUCAGAAUGGAAUACAGUUCUGUUUCUCUUAGUCCAUGUUCUCCUUCUCUACUCCUUUCCUUGUAAUUAAGCAGCUUUUGGCAAAGUGUUUUUCUUAUAGCAAUAGUUCUAAGAGAUGUUGAUAGAUGUUGUAAGAGGAAAAAUCUCAUUUGUGUGUGUGUGUGUGUGUGUGUGUGUGUGUGUGUGUGUUCAAUGCUCAGUUAACAUUGAGGAAUGCUGAACUUCUUUUCCUUGGGACUUUGAAGAGUUCUUAACAUGCUAUGAUAACAUUGUGAAUUAAUAAGAGGUCACAAGUACUGUCUGACCUUAGAUUGUGCCCCCCCCCCCUUUUCUCUGAGCAUUUCAAAGGACUGCAGGUCCCUUGGGAAUAUAGCUCUUGAUCAAGUUUACAGCUCUUUUAGAAUAUAUCCCUAGUGGAAAUACUGAAUAGUGAAUGUAUUGCUGUGAUAUCCUGAAAUCAUUAAUAAAUCUCACAUUUCAGUGAGAUACUAGAAAGCAAGCAUAUUUGCCAUUCAGAGCUACACUUGAAAGUAUAGAGGUUCUUUUCCACUUAUGGUGUGUAAAAUCAGUAUUUGUGUUUAAUUUUGCAAGUUUUUCAAGGAUCAAGUAUUGUGCAAAUACAGUGGGUGAUAUAUUGGUAUUACAUUUUAAUAAUGUUUUUGUAUGGCACUUUAUAGUUUUCAGACACCUUUAGAAAACAACCCUGUGAGCUAGGCAGUAUUAUAAUCAUUGCAGAUGAGGCACUGGAGGCUCUGAAAGUUUUGUGUGUGUGUGUGUGUGUGUGUGUGUGAUUUUCCCCUAAGUUUAGACCACAAAAGGAUGGAGCCAGAAUUCAGUUGCAGAACUUCUGACUCCAAGUCCAGAGUUCUCUUAACCACACCUGUUCACUAGGUUUAGAUUUUACAGUGAAAGGUAUGGAGACAAAUCCUAAAGUAACAUCAUUUCAGCUUUUUAUGAAAUACCAAUUCUGUUGUUUAGCAGAGACCCAGAUGUGAACUCUCAAUGUGGCUAUCCCAGAGAAACCCUUCUUUGUCCUUUGCAGUGCCACUUGUUUAGGUGACUGGAGUGUAUUUCAAAUACCAUUUGAUUGUGAAACUAAGAUUGGACAUAUAGUUGUAAUGCUCAUGUAAUUCUUUGAAAAUGUGUCCUCUCCACAUUCUCAGGCAAAGGAGAGAUAGCUUGAAAGUAAACAUAGUCAAAUAUGACAAUAAAUAUUCUUUAUUCUUACAAAAAUGCUGUUUCUUAGCUUUAACUUGCUCUGACAACCUACUGAUGUAACCUCUUUGUAAAAUGUAAAAUAUUUAUAUUUUGAAAUAAAAUUACUGGUGUUGAAUGGUAA